GCACACCAAAUCAAAAACCACAGAGAAUCACUGAGUAAACUGUCAGCUCUACGACUAGCCUUUUGCAAAAGAAAACCCAACGUCUUUCUAAAUUCCCAUUAAUUUUCGUAAAUCAUGUCGAAGUACGUGGCUAAGGUGGGACCCGCGGUUUUUUCCAAGCUUGGCAAAUGGGCCUACAACAUGUCUGGAUUCAACCAGUACGGUCUACACCGCGACGAUUGUCUCUACGAGAACGAGGAUGUGGCGGAGGCAGUGCGGCGCCUGCCCCGCAAGUUGUACGAUGAGCGCAACUACCGCAUCCUGCGGGCACUUCACCUUUCGAUGACCAAGACGAUCCUGCCCAAGGAGCAGUGGACCAAGUACGAGGAGGACGUCAAGUACCUGGAGCCGUACCUCAACGAGGUGGUGAAGGAGCGCGAGGAACGCGAGGAGUGGAAUAAAACCCACUGAUAUCUUGGUCCCCAAUAAGUGUUAAAUGCUGAAAUAUGAAUACGCCUUAACUAUAUGUUAUUAGUAGAUUAAAAGCUUCCAUAAAGGUAA